CCUUGCUGCUCCGCGCCUACUGCCUUGUGUGUUGGCGCGAGCUGGUCGCUUUCCUGAUUUGUGGGUUGGCGCCAGCUCUUGUCGAUGGGCACCCUCGCCCGGCUCCUCUACGGCGCCCACUUCACCGCAGACCAGGUCACCUUGCAGGUCGAGACGCGGGAGCAGGUGCCGUCCGCCGUGAGCGUGAGCCUCGAGCAGGUCGCGUGCUGGGGCGUGCGCGUGGACGGGAUGCAGACAGCGGUGUCUGCACAGCAGCAGCCGCCUCGCUACAGCCUUGCUAUCGCCGACGGUGGCUUCCACUGCUCUAUUGGCCGCGUCGACGUGAAUCGCGGCCCGGCUGCUGACGGCGCAUUGCGUGUGCGGCUCAGCGACAAGGCAGUCGGCGCCCUCGGCCAGCUCGCUGCGCUCACGCCGCUCAGUGGUAUGAGGGUAGCGGCCGAGAAGCUCACGGCCGAUUUCGUGCUGGCGCUCUCCCCCCGUGGUUCGAGCGGCCUGCCCGCCGGCAUCAAGCUCGAACGGUCCGAAGUCGGAGCUGCGCUGACAGUAAACAUCGCGUCUCUCGGCCCUCUCUCGGGCGUGGCAGGUUUGGCGACGCAGCUGCUCUCGCAGACGCUCAGCUCGCUGAUUAAGGACGAGCUUGCGCUGAUCAUCACGCUUGACCUUGGCCCCGCACUCGCACGAUUCGAAGAGUCCCAAGUCGCAGCGCUGGCCGCCCGCCCGCUCGCGAGGGCAGAGCCACCGGGCGGUUUUAUUUGGACGGAGCUCGGCCGUGACAGCGUCGGUGGCGAUAACGCCGCCGCGGCCACCCUCUCCUGGCUCAACUCGACGCUAUCCAACGCCUCCCUCGGCGCCGAGGCCGCCUCCCGUGUGGCGCGGCCGCCGCCCGCCCUCAACGCCACCGAGCCACCAGACGAGCUGUUUGUGCCGGUUGCGCUCCUGCCGGCGCUCCCGACCCUCGAACUCGGCGGGCUGGGGAUGGCCGACGUCGAGCUGACCGCUCUCUCCGUGGCCGGCCUAGACUCUGUCGAGGCGCUGUCCCUCACGCUGGAGGGGGAGCGCUCCAUCCUCGCCUCCACCACUCUCGGUCCGCUCUCGCUGCGAGCCCGCGCAUGGCUGACAGUCACGCCGCCGAUGCCGACCGACCGCCAGUGGCGAGGCGAGGAAGGGCAGCAGGUCGCGGAGAACGACGGCACAGCCUGCUUCGCCUAUUGCUGCCGCCCACCGGGCCUCGACCAGGAGGUGGAGAUCGAAGCCAGCCUGGAGGGCGCGCACGCGGAGGCGAUCCUCGCGCUGGACCCGAGCGCGCAGGCCCUCGCAGUCACCAGCCUCCAGACAGCGGCGGCGCGGCCCGAGUGCGCCCUAGCCGCUCUCGGCGUCGCCCCUCGCCACGUCUCGCUGACAGCCUCACCUGCGCGUUUGCGGCUCCGUUAUGCCGCCGUGCCCAGUGACGGCGGCGACGUGCUCGGUUCGGCGGUACUAGCCGCCACCAGCCACGCCUUGGACUUCGCUAUUGGCUCCUCCGCCCCUGGCGCGAUCAAGGACGCCCUCGACGCUUUUGUCAGCGGCUUGGCGCUCGAGGCGCUCGAGGCAUUCAUCACACGCGCCGACCACGAAACCUGUGCCACCUCAUCCCCGCCGGCCUCUCUGGCCGAUGGCGGCGACGGCGGUGCGGGCACCAAGGCGAGCGGGCUAUGGCGCUCGCAGGGCGGUGCGGGCGGCCGCGAGGGUGCCGGGGAAGACGACACGGGUACUGGUCGCCGCCACACGGUUGGGGGACGGGCGGCUCUCGUGCAAGCCGGCUCUGGCUGGGCGAAUGAGACCGAGCGGCAGGCAGCGUUCGCGGCCGCCACCACCGUCGCGGACGACAGCGCGGCGACCGAGGCAGCCCGCGCCAACUUGGCGCUGCGCGCGCUCGGCGUGGACGAGUUGGCCGUGGGCGAGAUUGCUUCGCUCUCGCUGGCCGUGCAGCAGCUACGGCUCGCGGCCGGCGCGCUCGGCGCCCUCUCGAUCGCCGACCUCGCCUCACCCUGCGUGCUGACACCCCUGCGCGGAGCGCGCCUCGAUGCACUUGAUGGCGGCGCCUCGAGCUUUGAGCUUGCGAUCGCCCCCAUCAACGGCACCGAGCCCGCCGUGCUGACGGCUGGCUUUCUCGGCUCCCUGCUGUCCGCGGUCCUGCCGGGCACCCUCGGCGCGCUCAAUGAGGCGCUUGCCUCGACCGUCGACGCGGCGCAUGAGGCCUGCGCGGCGCCUAGGGUGGGGGUGCCUCCCGCUGCCGCAACCACCACCACCGGCACCGGUAUGAGCGGGCUCGAGACGCUGCUCUCGUGCACUGUCUACGGGGCCGCCUACGGCAUCAGCGCCCUCGUGAUCGGCGGUCACCUCGCCUGUCCGCGCUUCUGCUGCGUCCCGCGGCGCGGAGCGGCGGCGGAUGGUGGCGCCUUCCCCAUCGCGUCGCACUACCCCCGUUCGCUGACGUGGCCGCUCUCGCUCUUGCUCGUGUUGAACCUCCUCCUCUUCUCGUAUGCCAACGCGCCCGUGCUCGAUGGCGCCAUGGUGCGUGCGACGGUCUCCGUGGCGGGGGCACCGCUGCCGCCGCUCGACGUGUUUGGCAUUGGGCUCCCCUCCUCGGUGAUCCGCUUCUGGCAGACGGGCGGGAUGGGCUACCUCAUCUCGGCCCUCAUCGUGGUCUUCUCGGGCGCGCCCGACCAGCGCCCUAGCUCCGAAGCUCGGCAACCAC